AUCGAUACAACAAUGUUUUCUUUGAAAUACCUAUCAUAAUAAUUGUACAUGAUAAAUGGAUACUAAAUUAAAUAAAAGUAACGCCAUCAAAACCACCAAAACGAAUUGCGACAAAGAUAAAGCAAAACCAACAGGUGUUAGUAAACCAAUUACACACCUCUACUGGAAUGAUAAGUUCAGUAACAAAAUCGAAAAAACCUGUUCACUGAGCACAUUAACUGUUCUGUAUUUGCAUAACAACAAUAUCACUAAAAUGGAAAAUUUGGAUUCUGCCAUAAACUUGAAACAUUUGUACUUGCAACGGAACCAAAUAGAAAAACUUGAAAAUCUUAAAAAUUUAAAAAGUUUGGAGAAACUGUACCUUGGCUAUAAUGCAAUUAGCGUCGUCGAAGGGUUAGAGGGCUUAAACAAUCUAAAGGAACUUCAUUUAGAAAGGCAAAGCCUUGAUGGAGAUCCACUAUGUUUCGAUUGGAGAAGCAUCGCUGCAAUUUCGAAUAGCUUGGAAGUACUGAUAACAUUCGGUAAUAACAUAACUACCCUAACAAGUUUGCAUCCCCUUAAAUAUUUGCGAAUCUUGAAUGCCGGCCACAAUAAUUUAUCAGAUAUUAGAGACGUUUGUGAUGCCAUUUACAACUGGUAUCAUCUUCGGGAAGCUACAUUUGUAGGAAACCCAAUCGAUAACUUAAGAAAAUAUCGGGAAAACAUAAUUUCUUCAUCUCACAAACUAGCCAUUUUGGAUAAUAAAGAUAUUAGUGAGACGACAAGAAACUUUAUUAAAUCGUUUGAACGCGAAAAACUAAACAAAUCCAGCAAACCCUCUAUAAGUAUUCCGGAGUGGACCAAAUCUUAUGGAUCGCUUGGAUUGCAAAAGGCCGUAUGCGAAUCGCUUUUGAAACAUAGCAAACCUUGUUUUGAUAAUUCCACCAUACAAAGUAACGUCAACGACAUCUACUUACCUUGGAAAGCGAUGCCUUCAAGUAAAAACAAAAUUGGAAAGUUCACAAUAACUUCGCAAAAAUAGGAUCUCUAUGUGAAGAACCUUUGUCUAAGAAAUAUAUAGUAUUUAAAAGUAUCGUCACGCUCUUUCCUGGUAUUGUCAAUGUGUCAUUUGUGGUUAUCCUCGUACAUAGCCACUACUAC